AUGACUGUCCUAGCGGAACAUGACGACGGAUAUAACAACGACGAAUCUGACAACGACGAAUUCGACAACGACGAAGUCGACAACGCCAAAUUCGACAACGACGAAAGCGAAGACCCUCCCAUGAUCACAGGCCUCCUUAUAAUCGAAGAACCUAGUCAACCGCUCCCUACCGAUGCGGUCACUAUCAGAUGGACUUACGACGCCACGGAAGAUGAUAUAUACACCGUCGAACUAUCCCCCAACAACCGCCUAAACACCAAUCCAUACAGCGACUCGUGCAACGGCCGGUGCGAAUCUCGAUCCUUUUUUGCGUCUGAUAUCUCAGAAUAUCCGGCCUCCCGUUGGAGAACAAUCGUUUCUGCAUCCCGUUCCGAGCUCACUGUUCCUGCGGCUAAGUUGACCUCCAUAAGGCCGGGAGCGACGUCUGAUAUCAACCUUGUCGUUUAUCAAGCGUACUACAAUAGUUACUUCGGAAUAUACGAGAUUCAGUCUGGAUGUGCCUGUAUCUCGAUAGAUGUGUUCGCCUCAACUUCAACAUCUGCUUCGCCUGUCUCAACUGCCCAAUCUGCUUCUUUUGCAUCAACCCCCACGCUUGCGACGGCGAUGGCUACUCAUACGACCACAACUGCCGACAGCGAGCUUGUGUCGACACCCAAUCCGGGAGACGGCGAACAAGAAAGAGAAUCCACAAGUCAGGGUUUAUCAAAUGGCGCCAAAGCCGGUAUCGGGGUCGGAGUAGGCGCCGGGGUUCUGGCUAUCCUCGCACUGGUGCUCUUUUACCGAUUUCGUCGCCGCGCCGCCAACGGAAACGCGACCACCUAG